AUGUGCUUACAAAGUGGGUCAUUAUCUUCAACCACCGAAGAUAUCAAAAAUUUCUCAGACUGGAUACUACAAAUUGGUGAUGGAACUAUCUUAGAGCCAAAUGAUGGUUAUGUUGACAUUACCAUUUCACAUGAGUUUUUGAUCUCUAAUUUUAUGGACCCUAUUGAAGCAAUUGUUACAAGUACAUAUCCAGAUCUAAUUAAUAACUACAAAGAUUCAAACUAUAUUCAAAGUAGAGCAAUUUUGACUUCAACUAUUGAAGUGGUUGAUGAUAUCAAUGAUUAUAUCACAAAGUUGAUUUCAGGAGAAGAAAAAGAAUAA